AUGACCUUCAAUGUCCUCACGACCAAUGCGGUCGACCUGCAGCGUCUACUCGAAGAGAACAAGACCACGAGCGCUCAGAUUGUGGAAGAGUAUUUGACACAAAUAGAUCGCUAUGAGCCUGCACUCAAUGCGCUAAUCUCUCCUGCCCCACGGGACAAAGUUUUCGCAACCGCCAAGGCUCGUGAUGAGGAGCGCCAGAAAGGACAAACCCGGGGUUCUUUUCAUGGAAUUCCCAUAGUUCUGAAAGAUUGCUUUGUCACAGCAUCGGAGCUUGGCAUGAGCACCACAGCUGGGUCAUAUGCGUUCGUCGGAGCCAAGGCGUCAAAGAACGGAGCUAUCACUCAGCGGCUGAUUGAUGCUGGCUUGAUUAUUUUGGGAAAGGCUAACAUGACUGAAUUUGCUGGUAUGAAAAUGACCAUGAUGAUGCCCGGUUGGUCUGCUCACGGUGGUCAGACUCUGUCGCCGUAUGUUGGGAAGAUAGGGGAUAAUGAGAAGAUACUUGGCCACUCAACUCCCGGGGGCUCAUCCACUGGCUCUGCGGUCGCUGUAGCCGCUGGGUUUAGUCCUCUUGCCAUGGCCACAGAGACCAUAGGUUCCAUCGUGACUCCGUCAACACGCGCCGGUCUGUAUUCACUCAAGCCUACUACCGGAGUCCAGGAUACUACUGGAUUAUAUACCAUGACGGAGUUCUUCGACAGUCCGGGUCCUAUGGCAAAAUCAGCAGCUGAUGUUCGCGUUCUUUCUGAAAUUCUACUCGGCCACUCGUUGAACUCCCCUCAUUCAGGCUUCUGGGAAGGUCUUUCUGUGAGCUUCCUGGACCCAAAAAUUUGGUGCAUGUCACCGGACUAUUGUAAGCAAUACGAGGGUACAGCAGAGCAAAUGGUAGACGAGUAUGAAGAGACAGUUUCCGCUCUACGAAGCGGAGGCUGUCCAGUUAAAUACCCAAUCCAUUGCAAGGAUCCCUCGGUCUUACCGAAUACUAUAUUGCCAAUUGCAUAUUGGGACUUCAAGAAUAUCUGCAUCCCUAGAUUUAUUCGCUCAUUUGAUGAGUGCUCUGUAACAAGCGUUGCAGAUAUCGUGAAGUUCAACAACGAAAACAGCGGAAAAGCCCUUCCAGCUCCAUUUGUCGAGCAGAAUGAUUUGGAAGGGGCAAUGAACACUACUGAAGAAGAAGGAAAAGUGGAUGAACUGAAAAACGACCUUCGUAAGGCCGCGAGAGACAUUCUGGAUGACCUAUUUGACAAGGAGAAAAUCAAUAUCCUGGCAGCUCCGGGAGACUCCCCGUUAUGUCGUUAUGCAUCUGCUGCAGGGUAUCCUAUCGCAACAGUCCCGGUAGGCCAGCUUCGCUAUAAUGACCGGCCGUUCGGUUUAUGUCUAGUGGCCCAGGCGGACGAGGAGGAGACUCUUUUGCGGUUUAUGGGAAUGUACGAAAAGGUUGCGAAGCCUCGUCCGAUUCCAAGGUUCCGAAAUUUUGAAUGA